CUUUGUUGGCCGCAUUUGAAGUUUUCACUGGAGAAGAAGUUGAAGUGUUUUUUCUUUUAAAAAGUUGAAAAGUGCAUUUUUUUGUUAUCUAAAUACAAAUUUAAAGAUCUCGCCAAAAAUUCAAAGGAUAUUUAAAGGACCUAGUACCAUGACUGUAUACGACGCCUCCACAUUGCUGGGUUGUGAUAACAAAAUUUCCCCCCUCCAAUACCCUGUGGCCCGAAGAGAUGAAAGUGUGGUGGAAACCCAUCAUGGUGUCGAGGUCAACGAUGUCUAUCGUUGGCUGGAAGAUCCCGAUGCGGAGGAAACUCAAAAAUAUGUCGACCAACAGAAUAAAAUCAGUCAACCGUUCUUGGAAGGCUGUGAGGCAUGGAAGAAAAUCAAUGAGAAAUUUACCAAACUCUGGAACUAUGAAACCUAUUAUUGUCCCGUUAAACAUGGCAAAUAUUAUUAUUUUGAAAAGAACACUGGCCUCCAAAAUCAAGAUGUGAUGUAUCAGCAGGACGCCCUGGAUGCAGAGCCAAGAUUAUUUUUCGAUCCCAAUGCCUUAUCCGAAGAUGGCACCAUUGCCUUGGUGGAGAAAUCAUUUUCCGAAGAUGGCCAAUAUAUGGCCUAUGGUUUGAGUGCCAAUGGUUCGGAUUGGUUUAAGAUACACAUACGCAAUGUAGAGACGGGUAAAGAUUUGGAAGAUGUAUUGGAAAAAGUGAAAUUCUCAGAGAUUUCUUGGACCAAAGACAAUAGGGGAUUUUUCUAUUGCUGCUAUCCCCAUCAGGAGGGUGUAACAGACGGAUCCGAGACGCAAAUGAAUGAAAAUCAAAAACUCUACUAUCACUAUUUGGGCCAGCCUCAGGAAAAAGAUGUUCUUAUAGCCGAGUUUCCCGAGGAGCCUACCUGGCAAUUUCAAACUGUGGUCUCGGAUUGUGGUAAAUACCUUGUUAUGUUAAUUUCCAAGGAAUGUCGUGACAAUUUAAUCUACUAUGCCAAUUUGGAACCCGAAGCAGAUAUAACCUCAAAAUUGCCGAUUAAGAAAAUUAUUGAAAAAUUCGAAUGUGAUUAUGAGUACAUUACGAAUAAUGGUUCCAAAAUGUACUUCCGCACCAAUAAAAAUGCCUCCAACUAUCGUAUCAUCAUGAUUGAUUUUGAAAAUCCCCGGGAGGAGAAUUGGCAGACCCUGAUACCGGAACAUGCCACCGAUGUUUUGGAUGCUGUACGCUGUGUAAACGAAGAUAAGCUGAUCAUUCACUAUCUGCAUGAUGUGAAGAGUGUCUUGCAAUUGCAUUCCCUGCAGUCGGGUGAAUUGUUACAUAAAUUCCAAUUGGACAUGGGCAGCAUUGUGGGUUUGACGGGAAAACGAAAAUCCUCGGAAUUGUUCUAUCAAUUUUCAUCAUUCCUAACACCGGGAAUCAUUUAUCACUACGACUUUAAGUGGAAUAAUUUCACUGCCAAGGUGUUGCGGGAAAUAAAAAUCAAUUUGGAAGGAUAUUCGCCCUCCAAUUAUAAGGUGGAACAGGUGUUCUAUGAAAGCAAGGAUGCCACCAAGAUUCCCAUGUUUGUGGUCUACAAAAACUCCAACUCGGAAAAGAAAACACCACGACCAUGUUUUCUGUACGGCUAUGGAGGUUUCAAUUGCAGUAUCUAUCCCUCGUUUAGUGUUAAGGAUGUCAUGUUUCUGGACACUUUCGAUGGCGUCAUUGCCUAUCCGAAUAUUCGCGGUGGUGGGGAGUAUGGUGAAAAAUGGCACAAUGCCGGACGUUUGUUGAACAAACAAAAUGUUUUCAAUGACUUUCAAGCCGCUGCUGAAUUUUUAAUUGCCAACAACUACACCACCAAGGAUCGUUUGGUAAUUCAAGGUGCUUCCAAUGGUGGGUUGUUGAUUGGAGCCUGCAUUAAUCAGCGUCCAGAUCUCUUUGGAGCCGCCAUAGCUGAAGUGGGAGUCAUGGAUAUGCUGCGUUUUCACAAAUUCACCAUUGGCUAUGCAUGGUGUUCGGAUUUUGGCAAUCUCGAUGAGAAGGAACAUUUCGAGAACCUCAUCAAGUAUUCACCGCUACACAAUGUCCACACACCCAAGUCGCCGAGUGAGGAAUAUCCCUCAACUUUGGUGCUCACUGCCGAUCAUGAUGAUCGUGUUAGUCCAUUGCAUUCGUUGAAAUUUAUUGCCGCCCUACACGAGGCCGUACGCAAUUCGGAAUAUCAAAAAAAUCCCAUUCUGUUGCGUGUCUAUAGCAAUGCAGGUCAUGGUAGUGGUAAACCAACUUCGAAAAUCAUUGAGGAAAAUGCCGAUAUAUUCACCUUUAUGUUACGCAGCCUCAACAUUGAUAAGGUACAUUUGUGAGAUGGUGAUAUUUUUGUGUGAUACCCAUGGUGCUCGGAAAUGGAUGAAUGAAAAAAGCAUUUAUAAAAAUUUAUAUCUUAAAAUUGCAUAUUUUCCUCUUUUUGCCUUUGUAUUUUUUUGAUCCAAUAUUUAUAAAUGAAUGCAUUUAUAUAAUCGAAUUUUAAUAAAAUUAUAUAUUUUAAAA